UUUAAAUAUAUGUAUAUAUAUACAUAUAAUUGAUCGGAUCGGAUAUUCGUUCCUAAAUUUUAUAGUAUUUGUGAUUUGCUUUGUCUUUUACCGAUAUUUCAUAUUAAUAUUUGUUUUUAUUCGUAGAAUUACAUAUAUCCGGAUUUUUUGUUUCGAAACGAAUAAUUUAGUCACCAGUUUUAUGUCCACAUGUAAAAUAGUUUGAACGUUAACUUUCUGUUUGACUGAUUCAGCAAAAAAACUCACUGUUGAAAUUUGGAGAGAAAAGAUUAGUUCUUUUUUUUAAAACACAACUUGAGAGUAAAAUUUUGUUAAAAAAGGAAACUUUACAAAUAACAUAUAUACCUAUCCAAAUUAAUUAAAACAUUUGUUAAAUAAAAAAUAUCAUCCAAACUAAUUAAGAUUUUUUUAAAUAUUACUAUUUAGUUUUUAUAAUGUUAUUAGUGAUUAUAUUAUUUUUUAUUCAAUUAACUUUUGUAAUAUGAUAUGUAAAUUAAUUUCUUAUGAUUAAUCUGUCAUUUACUUCACAUAUUUACCAUAACUAUUUAUUAUUAAACAAAAAUAUUUUUAUUUUUAUAUUAAGGUGUUAGAGUUUCACUUUAACUCACAUACAUCAUUUUUUGACAAGUCUCCCCCAAAAAUUCAGAGCUGUCACAUUUUUGUUCCAAUAAAUUCAAAGUUGUCGCUUUUUGACGAAUAGAAGAUUAGAUGUUAUUUAAGAAAAUGGUUUCCACAUCGAUUUUGUUCCAAUAAUAUAUAUUAAAUGUUAGUCUUGACAAAAAAAAAAAUUCACUCUAACCAGAACCCAAUAUAAUAUUAGUGGGAGAAGUCACCGACGUAAAUCUAAAAAAAGUCAAUCUUGUAGUCCUGCGUGUUGUAUUUUACUAACAGAAAGAAAAGAAAAAAGUAGUAUAGCGCGUUGUCAGUGAGGUGUAAUAUUCAAAGUUCAGGACAAACUGAUAAGGAUCCAUACAUUCCAAAACACACAAACGAUCUGAAUUAUUAUUUAAAGAAGAAAAAAAAUGGGAAAGAAGAGCUCUGUAUCAAUCCUUUGCUUCAUACUCAUAAGCUUCAGUCCCAUUUUUGUUUCUGCACAAACUUGUGAUGAAGCUGCUGGGACUUUCAAACCCAAUAGUCCAUAUGAGAAGAACCGCCGUCUCCUCAACUCUACUGUUGCUUCUAACGUCACGGCUUACGCCGGCUACUUCAACGGCUCCAUCGGGCUAGGCCCUGACAGAGUCUAUGCCUUGGGGAUGUGCGCUCCAGGUGCUGAACCACAAGCUUGCUCCGACUGUAUCCAGGACGCCUCAGAUAGUUUACUAAGUACCUGUUUGAACCAAACAGAUGGUUUCGUGUGGUCAGGUGACGAGUUCCUUUGCCUUGUUCGCUACUCUAGUAAGUCCCUCUAUGGGGUCCUCGCCUUGGAGCCUAUUACACCGUUCCAUAAUGUAAUGGACAUAAGAAAAGAAAACCAGGAGGAGUUUGAUAGUGUGUGGGACGGGUUAAAGCUUCGUAUGAUCACAAGAGUUUCUUCCUCGGUGAGAAACAAUUCAUCUACUUCCUUAUCAUUGUCUGGUAAAUACUAUGCAAAGGAUGUAGCUCCAGUGCCGGUUUACGGGAACAUAUUGAUGCUGAUGCAAUGCACUCCAGAUAUUUCUUCAAAUGAUUGUAGUCUUUGUCUAAAGUCAAGCGUUGAUUACUAUAAAAAAUUGUAUCAUGGGAAAAAAGGUGUCAUUAUGUUGCGGCCAAGUUGCUUUUUCCGGUGGGAAUUGUAUAAUUUCUCUGGUGCUUUUGAUCAUAUUAAUGAUCCACCUCCGCUUUCAAACAGUCCUUCUGUACCUAAUCUGACCGAUAUUACCAAAAAAGAUAAAAAUGUCUCUCGAGGAGUUAUCGCAGCGAUAGUUGUAGUUAUUGUUGUUAUCAUAGUAUUGAUUUAUGUAGGCAUGUUUAUGUUCAAGAGGAGAAAGAAAAAGCAAGAUAUACAACUUUCAACGGAAUCUGUUCAAUUUGGUUUUAAGACAAUUGAAGCUGCCACGAGCAAUUUUUCUGAGCUGAACAAGCUUGGUGCAGGUGGAUUUGGUGAGGUUUACAAGGGCAUCCUCAUGAAUGGAACUGAAGUUGCAGUAAAGAGACUUUCAAAAACAGCAGGACAAGGUGAAAGAGAGUUCAAGAACGAGGUUGUGGUUGUUGCAAAGCUUCAGCAUAGAAAUCUUGUUAGACUUCUUGGCUUUUCACUUCAAGGAGAAGAAAAGUUACUCGUCUAUGAGUUUGUUCCUAACAAAAGCCUUGAUUAUUUCCUCUUCGACGCUAGUAAGAGAGUUCAGUUGGACUGGACAAUGAGACACAACAUCAUCGGUGGGAUCAGUCGUGGUAUUUUAUAUCUUCAUCAAGAUUCACGGCUCAAGAUCAUACACCGCGAUCUCAAAGCUAGUAACAUUCUAUUAGAUGCGGAUAUGAAUCCAAAAAUUGCUGAUUUCGGAACGGCAAGGAUCUUUGGAAUGAACCAAACUGUAGACAAUACAUCAAGAGUAGUUGGAACCUUCGGUUACAUGCCACCUGAGUAUGUGAUACAUGGCCAAUUCUCGAUGAAAUCAGAUGUAUAUAGCUUUGGAGUAAUGAUUCUUGAGAUCAUUAGUGGUAAAAAGAAUAGCAGUUUCCGCCAGACUGAUGGUUUAGUUAACAACUUAGUCACAUAUGUUUGGAGACUUUGGGAGAACAAAUCAUUGCCUGAUCUCAUAGAUCCUGGUAUCAAAGAAGACUGUAAGAUCGAUGAAGUCGUUAGAUACAUUCAUAUUGGACUUUUAUGUGUUCAAGAAAAUCCUGCAGAUCGUCCAACUAUGUCAACGAUCCACCAAAUGCUCACAACCAGCUCUAUUACUCUGCCUGUACCUCUUCCACCUGGAUUUUUUUUCGGGAACAGACCAGGAAUGACCACGUUAUCCCAGGGAUUGAACCCGAGUCAAUCGAGCAGCAAGUCUUAUACUUGUUCUGUAGAUGAAGCAACAAUCACUGAUAGACUUGAAAAAAUGUGUCGAACCAGUCUCUUUCCAAUUCUCUUAUCCGUCCUUGUGGCCCUUUGUUUCAUUUCAGUGUCCGGACAGAUUUGCCGAAACACUGGGGGAACUUUCAGACCAAACACUACGUAUGACUCAAACCGUCGACUCAUCCUCUCGUCUCUUGCCUCGAACGUCACGGCUCGAGGCGGUUUCUUCUACAACUCCUCGUUCGGACAAGACCCAGACCGAGUCUACGCGAUGGCCUCGUGCAUCCCUGGAGCUGAAUCAAAAGAGUGCUCAGACUGCAUAACUGAAGCGGUUACGAAGAUGAUACAAAACUGUCCUAACCAAACAGAGGCGUUCUCAUGGCCAGGCACCAAAACUCUCUGCAUGGUCCGCUAUGCGAACAGUUCCUUCUACGGAUCGAUGGAUCUUGAGCCGAACUCAUUAAGGUACAACACCGGGAACAUCACCAUUAACAUGUCGGAGUUCGAAAGAAUUUGGGAUGCGUUUAUGAUUCGUAUGAUAGAUUCGGCUUCAUCGGGACGCAGUGGAGCUUCAUCGUCUUCUAGUGGUAAGUACUAUGCAGCGGAUAUCACGUCGUUGACGACGUUUCAGCGAGUUUACGCUUUGAUGGAGUGUACUCCGGAUUUGUCUCCGGGGAACUGUGAGGCUUGUCUCCGAGCAAAUGUUAGGAGGUAUCAAGAUUGUUGCCGUGGGAAUCAAGGCGGCGUUGCUAGGCGGCCGAGCUGUUUUUUCCGGUGGGAUCUUUAUCCGUUCUUGGGAGCUUUUGAUAAUAUUAUCUCCGGAGCACCUCCGCUGCAACCUUUGACCGGCGACGGAGACGGUGCGGCAAAGAAAGAUGGAGAUUCCCUUUCAGUGGGAGCUAUCGUUGGAAUUGUGGUUGCGAGUGUCAUUGCCAUCGUCUUGGUGCUGCUCGCUCUUGCGUUUGCUUUUUACCGGAGGAGAAAAUCGUCCCGAGAAGUUGAUUUUCAAACUGGUUAUGAUAUCUCAAAUACAGAUUCAUUACAAUUCGAUUUCAAGACUAUUGAAGCUGCAACAGAUAAGUUUUCGAGGAGUAACAUGCUAGGUCAAGGUGGAUUCGGUGAAGUGUUCAAGGGUAUACUUCCAAACGGAACUGAAGUUGCUGUGAAGAGACUGUCCAAAACAUCAGGACAAUGUGCACUACUAGAGUUCAAGAACGAGGUUCUUGUUGUUGCAAAGCUUCAGCAUAGAAAUCUUGUUAGGCUUCUUGGGUUUUGUUUGGAGUCGGAAGAAAAGAUUCUCGUCUACGAGUUUGUUCCUAACAAAAGCCUUGAUCAUCUACUUUUUGACCCUGAAAAGCAAGGUCAGUUGGAUUGGACAAUGAGAUACAAGAUCAUUUUUGGGAUUGCUCGAGGAAUUCUAUAUCUUCAUCAAGAUUCACGGUUUAUAAUUAUACACCGUGACCUUAAACCCAGUAACAUUCUUUUAGAUGCAGAUAUGAACCCGAAAAUUACGGAUUUUGGCAAGGCCAGGAUUAUUAGCGUUGGCCAAACCAUUGAAAAUACAAGAAUAAUAGUUGGAACAUGCGGUUAUAUGUCUCCCGAGUAUGCAAUGCAUGGCCAGUUCUCCACCAAAUCUGAUGUAUAUAGCUUUGGAGUCUUAGUUCUGGAGAUUAUUAAUGGCAAGAGGAAUAGUAGUUUCCUCGAAACAGAGAGUAAUAGUAGCAACUUGGUAACAUAUGCAUGGAGACUUUGGAGAAAUGGCUCACCAUUAGAACUUGUGGAUCCAACUGUUAGAAAGAGUUGUGACAGCAGUGAAGUUACCAGAUGCAUCCAUAUCGCAUUGUUAUGUGUUCAAGAAAAUCCUAUUGAUCGUCCAACUUUGUCGACAAUCAUCUUGAUGCUCACUAGUAACACAGUUACCUUACCUGUGCCUCACCAACCUGGAUUUUUUUUCAAAAGCACACGUGAUCAAGACUUAUCAGCUGAAGAUUUGGAGUCAGGUCAAUCUACUGGAAAAUUUGUCCCUCUCUCUAUCAAUGAUGAAACCAUUAGUGAGUUAAAUCCUCGUUGAAGAUCAAUCUUGAUGUCCUUUUAAUACUUCUGAAGUCCUUUUUCCGGUGCUAGGACUUGAAUCUCCCUGCGUUUUCUUUCUCAGAUUAGACCUCCAUCUCCCUUUUAUUCUGUGUGAUUGUAAAUUUGUAAUCAAGUUUUGUAAUUUGAAUUUUGGAAGUUUUUAGUUAAUGAUUAAGGGUACUCCAACUUAUUUACGGUAAAACGAUGUCCAUACACUAUGUUUUUCAGCCCUAAUGGUACUUAAACUCAGCUACAGAAUCAACGGUGUGUCCGUUACCCCAUUUUCA